AUGUCAGUACCCCUGUUUAUCUUUGCAGCCACCAUAUGUCGCCUCUUCGAAGAUCCUUACUUGGAUCCCAUAGAGUCUUUGGCCGAUGUCCUCGAGUACAGAAACGUGGAGUCCAAGCUGGAUGGGACAUAUCGACCAGUACUAGAUCGGCUGCUUGUCAGAUAUAGCGGCACGCGGCAAAGACAGGUCGUCGAAGAUGUUCGACAGAUCCUAGGUACUAUCAUCAUCCUGGAAACCCCGCUCUCAAUUGCAUCGCUGUCAGAAUUAACGGGCGUUCCGAAAAGCUCAAUCAACGCCAGGCUCGGCCCACUGCACUCGGUUCUGGAUAUACCAGAUGACGAAACCAUGCCAAUAAGACUUUUUCAUCUAUCGUUUCGAGAUUUUCUUCUGCAUGAUAACACUCGUGAUAAGACCCCGUUCUGGAUCGAUGAGUGCGAAGCAAAUUUGAGCGUCACGGGAUACUGUCUUGGUACCAUGCACAGACAGCUGAAGAAAAAUAUUUGCGGACUGAAAAACUAUGGCACAGAGCGAAUGAAGAUUGGUAGCUAUUUACUUCAUAAGCAUGUACGGCCAGAGCUGCAGUAUUCCUGUCGAUACUGGAUUCACCAUCUCACGCAAAGUAUGAAGCGUCAUGAUACUAUGAACCUGGGCCAUGUCCUUGCGUUUCUAGAAGCCCACUUUCUUCACUGGGUGGAGGUUAUGGGUCUAUUUGGCCUUGUAUCUGAAUGCCUGGAGGGACUCAGUGUCUUGUUGAUGAAAGUCAGAACCCUUGAAGAUAGUCAGAUCUUCGAGUUCCUCCAAGAUGCGAAGCGCUUCAUAUUCAGAAUCCUGCAGAUAGCAGACUAUGCACCUCUUCAGAUAUAUGCGUUUGGGCUCGUCUUCGCACCGUCAGAGGCAAUCAUCAGGAAAAGAUUUGUUGAUCAAUGUCCUGAGUACCCUGACUGGGUGACCCAAUUCCCACGAGUGAGUAAGACUUGGGGACCAGAAUUACAACUUUUAGUAAGGAAUUCGUCGGAGAGCAAUUCAGUCAGCCAUAUUGCUAUGUCCUCAGAUGGUAGAGUGCUAGCUACCGGCAGUUCUGAUGGCACUAUUCGCAUGUGGGACCCAACUUCUGGCGCUCUUAGACACAGCUUUUCGUGUCAGCUCUACCUCAAUUAUCUUGCCUUUCUCCCAAAAAGUCAGCUGGUGGCUUCAGGGUCCUGGCGGGACCAGACUAUCAAUUUCUGGAAUGCUACUACCGGCACGCUGCUGAGGACUAUCAGAAUCAGUGGGCCGCCAGUCAGUUCUGCAGUGUUUUCCCCGGAUGGCCUAAUCACGGCUGGACAUGUCGACGGCUCGAUCACUCUGUGUGAUCCAGACAACGGCACAGUGAGAUAUACGUUCAGAUGCCGCCCGAAUCCAGUCGUAUCUAUGGCCUUCUCGCCAGAUGGCCAUUUACUGGCGGCUGGCUCUAACAGUACGACUGACUCCCCCUAUGGCGCGGCAGUUACGGUUUUGGACGUCACCAAUGGCACCAUCAAGUAUAUGCAUGGGCCACCUGAAUGUGAUUCAAAUUCGAAUGGCCGACGAAACACAGUCAGUACUGUUGCUUUCUGUCCCCGCGGCCGACUGCUAGGAGCCACAUUCACCGACUCAAAUGCCAUCAGGGUCUGGGACUCUAAUGAUGGCAUAGUAAAAUACACCUUUCGAGGUAAUUACCCUGUCGGCCUUGCAUUCUCCACAGACGGUCGAAUGCUAGCGUAUAGCUGCGACAAAGACAUCAAAGUCUGGAAUACAUCCGGUUUAGAGCCGGAGCAAACUCUCCAAAGUCACACCUCGGUUGAAGCCCUGGCAUUCUCCCCUGACAGCCAGCUGCUGAUGUCCGGCAGUUACCAUGGGGCAACGAUAUGGGAUCCUGCUGUGAAGGAACAUUACUCACGUGAGCGGAAAACACACAAUACGUGGGCAUUCUCUGCUGAUGGCCGAAUGUUGGCAACAGCAACUCGCACCGUUAUCGAACCUUGGACUCGCACAUCUGUCAAGUCUCUAAAAGCCAAAAUAUACUCCCGCACCUGCAUCAGACUCUGGAAUGCUGAAAAUGGGAUGUUAGAACAAACGUUGGAAGACGACGCAGAUCUGGGACACAUGCACAGGGUCAUUGAAGUAUACUGUUAA